GAAUCAAGCAAGCGUGGUACGACGAAUCAGAGAGAAAAAAUCAAACGUAAAGUCGCUGAGCACCGUCACAAGUCAAAGAAGGAAGCGAAGAAAAACGUUCAAUGGAAGUCCCGAAAGCAGAAAGACCCAGGAAUUCCUAAUUCCAUGCCUGCUAGCAUGAGGGCGCAGGUUUUAGCGGAGGUAGCGGAGCAGCGACGGAUUGUAGGCGAUCUCUUGCCCAGCAUUGGGCCACGGAGUGAACUCACUUGA